GGAACCACUGACCGUGAUCGGUGCAAGCAGCGCAGCAGGAGAGGACGUUGUGAGUGUUUCUAAUGUGUGAAUAUCCGUGUUGUGCUGGAGGAAAGCCGAUAAAUUAAUGAACUUUGAAACAGCAUGAAGGCAUCUGGUUGUCAAGUUCCAGGCGCGCUGGACCCAGAAACCAACGACAGGAUGAACUGAGACAUUUACGCGCAAGAGGUUGCCACGGGCAAGCGUUAGGUUUGACCUCUGUGGAAAUCAUUUCUGAGACAAACAACUUGGUGUGGAUGUAUCAAUGAAGAAUGUGACCGCGUCUGACUCUCUCCAAACGGGGUGGAUGAAGCCCUCGGCGGUGUCAUGCGUCUUGCCCCGCAGCCAAGCGCGCAACCCUUGCGGCUCUUAGUCCUGCUCCUCCUCACCGCGGGGGUGACCUCAUCCCCGGUGCUCGCUUCGGGCUGCCCGGACAGGUGCGUGUGUGAUGACCAGCUGGUGGUUCAAUGUGCCGGGCAGCACCUGACCACCUUCCCGGUCAACUUGCCGCUGGCCACGCGGCAGCUCAUCAUCUCCAACAACCGUAUUGUGGAGCUGCCGCCGCUAGCGCUCAACUACCUCUCCGAUCUGGUGUACCUGGACUGCAGCAACAACUCGCUGACGGAGAUAUCCGAGUCCACGUUUGGGAAUCUACGGAAGCUGGCCUACCUGGACCUCUCCUUCAACACCUUGACCCGGAUCGAGGACAGAACGUUCGGUCCCUUGGCGAGCCUGGUGAUGCUGAGGAUGACCGACAACCCGGGGCUCUCGGAGAUUCACCAGGACGCCUUUGCGGAAAACGCAGCCCUCCAGGUGCUGGACGUGAGUCGGAACAACCUGACAGUCGUCAACAUCACCUCCCUGAUCGCGCUGCCAGCCCUGCGCUCCGUGGGGCUCAGCGGGAACCCGUGGAGCUGCGAGUGCGACAACGAGGACCUGUGCCUGUGGGUCCAUCUGGAGGGCUUCAAGUUCCAAGAUGAGGGCCAGACGGUGUGUGGCUCACCUGCCGACAUGCAGGGCCGUCGUCUGGGGGAGGUGGGCAUCCAGCUACGGACGUUAUGUCACCAGACUCUGGGCUCAUGGGACUACCUUUUCUUUGUCGCCAUCGGCUUUGUGAUCUUCGCUGCCGGCACCGUGUCGGCCUGGGUGAUGGGCGUCAUUAUGGUGCUCUAUGAGCGCUACAUCAAGAAGAAAGACGAACAGGUGGAUCCAGACGACGAGGAAGAAUCUAGCGAGACAGGUCGUACCUCACGGGCCAGGAGUGACCAUGGCAACGGGAAUUUAAAAACGUCACAUACUGUUUAAAAACGUUAAAUCCCUCUCUGCCCGUCAAGAAUUCCCACAGUGCCUCCUGUCAACUUCUAGGACUAUCUGAGAAGUCUAAUUACAGUCCAGUCAAACUGAGUCGGUUUAACGGGCUCGGCUCUGAAAGAGAAAAGCGAGGAUUCAACACAAAUGUAAAAUGCCAUUUUUCUCAUUUGUAGUGGGCUUUCAGGUGAUGUAACACACUCUGGCUGCUAUUGUGGAGGUCCACAGCCCUUGGGUUACUGACUAUGUGAGAUAUGUAUCACCAUGCUUUAUAGUUUAUUAUUAUUUUGGAAUAUUUGACUAGGAUGUGGUCAUACUGUACUGUGUGUGUGUGGUAUCCUAAAAAAUAUGCUUCCAUAUAACUAAACUGCAUUCUCAAUUAGCUUGAGAUCAUGAGAUUAUUAUGGAUUAUGUUUGUGUUUGACUUUGCACAAAUACGUUUCCAAUCAAAGUCCAUGGAUGUCUGCGUAAGGAGGAUGUCAAACAAACACCAGACUUUCACACAGGAGACUGCUGUUAAACUAAAAGUCAAUACUAAGUUAUCUAGUCGACUUAUUAUUAAACAUAUUUUUUACUUAUUACUUACAUAAUGUUCUUAACUGACGCAACAAAUUCUUAUGAACAGGUUUGUUUAUUUUUGUACGGAUCUUUUUUUCAAUGUGGUUCGUUUACAAUCCAACAAAAUAACGGCCACUGUUGUAAACACGUUGGUUACGUUAUAAUAAAGAAUUAUCGGAGUUACAUACAUCAUAACAUAAAAUAUGAGUAAUGUUUCCAAUGGGACACAGACAUCAUGAUCUUUCCCAAAACCUAACAAAGUAGUUUUGUUGCCUACAAUUAACCAAACUGUGACCGUUUCACAAUGUUAACCAUGCUCACCAAAUUAAAAACUGCAACCGUUAUGAAGGAGAAAAUGUGUUUUCCUCAAAAUGUGAUUGAGAGUGCAGCUUUGUUGUAAAGGAACGUAUGGAGACAGGGUUUCAUAGUGGCUGACAGAGGAGCCUACAUUAGCCAUGCUGGUAACCGAAAAGAAUGUUUUAGCUAGUAAUCAGCUGAUUUUGGUUGGGUACCAUCAAUGGUCAAGGAUUAUUCCUAACUUCCGUGUUGCCAAGA